AUGACAACUUUUUGGUCACAAACAAUCAAUCGCCAAAAUGGUGGUGUUGCUACUGCUACUGCCACUGCCACUGCCACUGCUGCUACCACCACGCCUACUGCUGGUGGUACUGGUGCUGGUACUACCACAUCAACUAAAGGAAUGAUUACACCCACACCUUUUAAUAUUGAUAUCAAUAAUGAUUUAAAUGAUUUUGAUGGGAAAUUUAUAGAAACUUUUAAACCUGAUUUAGAAUUACAAAAGAAAUAUCGACUGUUUAUUCAACGAGAAGGAGCUUUAUCAUUUCUUCGAACCGAAAUAACUCAAUCAAUGUCUAAACGAGAUAUAUGCGUUUUAAUUUUAAAUUUAGGAUACCCUAAAAAAGCCGUGGAAGAUUAUCCAAUAUUAACAUUAAAAGAGUUGGCGUAUAUCUUGUUGAAGUUGAUGUUAACUGAUUCAGCACAAUUAGAACCAAAAGUGGAAAUUGAUGAAAAUGAUAAUAAAAAUGAUGGUACUAAUAAUAGUGAUAUUGAUAGUGAUAUUGAUAGUAAUAGUGAUAUGGACCUGCAACUGGAACUGGGAGAAUUAGACGAUGCUAUGGAUGUGGAUGAUUCUUUAUCGGAAAAUGAAGAUGAAUAUGAUCAAGACAUGUCUACUACUACUUUAAAACGAACAAUAAACAUGACACCAUUUAAAUAUAAACUACCGGAUCUUAUUUCUGAUUUAUCUAGAGCUAAAAAAAUCAUGGUAGUUACUGGUGCAGGUAUUUCUACAUCAUUAGGUAUACCCGAUUUCCGAUCAUUUAAAGGGUUAUAUAAUCAAUUAUCUAAAUUGAAUCUUAGUGAUCCACAAAAAGUUUUCGAUUUACAAACAUUUAUGAGAGAACCCGGAUUAUUUUAUACCAUUGCUCAUUUAGUCUUACCACCAGAUGGGAAAUUUAGUUUAUUACAUGCAUUUUUGAAAUUAUUACAAGAUAAACAUAAAUUAUUACGAAAUUAUACUCAAAAUAUUGAUAAUUUAGAACAACGAGCAGGAUUGAAACUGGAAAAAUUAGUUCAAUGUCAUGGAUCAUUUGCUAAAGCUAAAUGUGUUUCAUGUCAAGGUAUAUUUGCUGGUGAAAAAAUUUAUAAUCAUAUUAGAAGAAAACAAGUUCCUCGAUGUGCUAUUUGUUGGAAAAAUACUAAACAAGCACCAAUCCAUUUUGGUGCCAUAAAACCAACAAUUACAUUUUUCGGUGAAGAUCUUCCGGAAAGAUUUCAUACUUUGAUGGAUAAAGAUUUACAACAAAUUGAUUUAUUUUUGGUUAUUGGAACUUCAUUAAAAGUGGAACCAGUAGCAAGUAUAAUUGAAAGAGUUCCUUAUAAAGUACCGAAAAUAUUAAUUAAUAAAGAUCCUAUUCCUAAUAGAGGUUUCAAUUUACAAUUGCUUGGACUUUGUGAUGAUGUCGUAUCUUAUUUAUGUAAAUGUUUAAAAUGGGAUAUUCCUCAUGCUGAUUUCAAUAAUAAUGAUGAAUUUAAAUUAUCAAAACUUAAAAAUGGUGAUUGGGAAAUUGUCAAGAAAUCAACUUCGACAAAAAAAUGA